AUGGGUUCGACAUAUCGACCUCAGUCUGCUCAUCUGGCAGAUGUGAAAGGAAAGGGUAUUCUUUAUGAAGACGAUGAUGAUCCCAUCAAACUGUCCGUCGAUGAUGAUGCGAACUGUCUCUGGCCAAAAGGAUCAACCAAUAUGAGGCGUCUUGCGAGUAUGAUAGUUUCUCCUACGGGAACAUCACAUGUGAAUGAUGCGAAUGUCACAAUUAGAGAUAGAGGAGUAACUAGAUCCCUUACUUUUCAUCCAAAGAGUCUUCAAGUGGAAGUUAAUUGUUUGGAGAAUGAUCAGAUGAUAGGGGCAUUGAAUGAUAUGGAGAAUGACAUGGAGAUUGUGAAGCAGGCUGAAGAUGGGAUGCUAGAUUGUCAAGAUCAAGAUUGUGAUCUUUUGGGGGAAGAACUAAAGGAAUGGGAGGAGUCAUAA